GGCUGGCCUCCCAAACUACACCAAAUGCCCCACGUGCUUCCUGCUUCAACCGGACGAGAAUCCCAAAACAUCCAAGUCCAGAGCUUCAGGUCGCAAACAAUUUCAAGUCGGAACGACUAAUCCGACGGUUAUUACUCUUGGACGAUACAUCGGUAGACGCGGAUACGAUGCACCGUCUCGCACUCAAGUCCUUCAUCUGCCACCUUUAGUAUCCCUCGUUGAGUGUGUCGGAGGCACCAAAUACGAUUACUUUUUAUUAUUGUUCCGCUGUGUCCGAGGAACGCCUGGGAGGAUAUCCUGAGUCAGCAGCGGGAUCGAUUUGAACUCGGAUGAAUUGAAAGUCAACUUCAGACGGGCAAAACUCAGAGAAAAGAGCAAAGCACAGCCGAGCAGCCAUGUUGCGCACACCGGCACCAAGCAGCCUGUAUGGCUUGGUCGAUAUGGGCAGCAACGGCAUCCGCUUCUCCAUCACCGACCUCUCACCCACCACGGCCCGCUGUCUCCCCACAGUCUACCAGGACCGAGAAGGCAUAUCAUUAUUCGACGCCCAAUAUUCCACAGGCGUCAAAGGUCCAAUUCCGCAAGAAACCAUCGACGAAGUCCUUUGCGCGUUGCUGAAAUUCAAAACGGCUUGUCGGGAUUUCGGGGUUCCGGACACAAAUAUCCGCGUGCUGGCUACCGAGGCGACUAGGAAUGCUGUCAAUUCCGAGGAUUUUCGAAGGCAGAUUAAGGAUGCCACGCGGGGUUGGGAGGUCGAUCUUUUGCCAAAGGAGGCGGAGGGGAGGAUUGGCGCGUUGGGUGUUGCGAGUAGUUUUGAGAGUGUCGAGGGGUUGGUUAUGGAUUUGGGAGGUGGGAGCACACAAAUCACCUGGAUGAUCGCCAAAGAUGGAAAAGUGCAAACCAGCCCCAAAGGCAGCAUCAGCUUCCCCUACGGCGCGGCCGCUCUAACACGACAACUGGCGGGCCUUUCCGAGUCAGAGUCUGACGAAACAGAAUCAGUCAAAAAAUCACCACCGUCGAAACAGAAACCAUGGCCAAGCUUGAUACGGGGAGCCUCGUCCUCCUCAGACACCUCGUCAGAGCAAACACCAACUACACGCGCCGAACUAAGCGAGCAGAUGAAAGCCCAAUUUCGACAGGCAUACGAAGACCUGGAACUGCCUGAAUCACUGCGCCACAAAGCCAAACACUCAGGACUAACACUCUACCUUUCCGGCGGUGGGUUCAGGGGCUGGGGAUACCUACUAAUGUCUCAACACCGCGUAUCACCGUAUCCAAUCCCCAUAAUCAACGGGUUCUACGUCGCGAAGCGCGAGUUCCAACAAACAGCAACCAUCUCAGCCGUGGCAGCUGAACAAUCUGUUUUUCGGAUCUCGAAACGACGAGCCGCACAGGUGCCCGCAGUCUCGUUUUUGGUCAACGCCCUAGUCGAGGCAUUGCCCAUGAUCAGUUCGAUCCGGUUCUGCCAGGGCGGCGUGCGCGAAGGCUUCCUCUUCGACACACUUGACUCAUCCCUGCGGGCGCAGAAUCCCCUUGUUGCCGCGACCGCACAGUAUGGUUCAGUAUCGGCGGCUGAGAUUGGUGAUUUGUUACGCUCAGGCCUGCCCGGUGAAAAUGAUCUGGGUCGCUCGCUACCUGCUACUUUCACUGCUUCUCUAGUCCGCGCCCUCGCUGACCUCAUGUACAUCCAUCUCACAUUGCCUAAGGAAUCGAGGGCUGUUUCUGCUCUGCACGCACCGCUCACGGGUGUAUUGGCUUCCGCGCAUGGCAUUUCACAUGCCGAUCGGGCAAUUUUGGCUCUGGCCCUCUCUGCACGCUGGGAUCCAGAUGGGGAGCUUCUGCCUCCUCCUUACGGUGACCUAAGAACCAGGCUGCGCAAUACCCUAACGCAUCAAGAGGUCUUUUGGGCGAAUUACCUCGGUGCCCUGGCUGCGUUAGUUGGUACUGUCUAUCCUGCCGGCCGUGUGACGGAGCCGCCGAGGCUGAAACUCGCUGCGCGCUGGGCUGAUGGAUUGGGCAAAAAGGGCUUGAGUCAGGGUGUUGUGCUGCAGAUUACUUGUGCGAAACAGCAGGAGCAAAAUUCGACGCCGGAAGUCCAUGAUCCAAUGACAACUCCGCCCGUGUUGAAUCCGUUGGUCUAUGAGCUCGAGAAGCUCGGGAAGAAGAAGAACCGUGUUGGUGGAGAGCAUGGCUAUGGAGUGCCCAUUGAGGUUGAGAUUGAGAGAGUGUUGUGAGCUGGGAUUAAUUCCGGGG